AUGGUGGUCGACGCACACGCCAGCGGCGUCCUCGGUGCGUGGCCAGCGGCGUCCUCGGAAGAUAUACAGCAUGUGCACGCAGAGGCCGCCGCACGACUACUCGCAGCAGCUGUACCACAGGUGCCGGGAAUCGUUCGAGUAGAACAUCGCCUCCAUGGUUCCAUCGCUGUUGCUGCAUUGCUGCUUGCGUUCUUGGAAGAGGCAUGGAACAUGUAA